AUGCUUGAUCUCUCGGAAGCCGACGCACCAGAUGUGAUAGUACACAAAAAAGCCAAGUCGUGCGAUUGUUUUGCACAAGCUCUACGCCCUUUGGGCAUGCCCAUCGGGCGCGGCGUCCGCGAGGUGAUGUACACCAUCGACGAUGAUCAAGAAAAGAAGGUCGCAAGCAUACAGCAAAUCGGCGACUUUGAAUGGUCUGAAGAUGCCGUCCCAGAUCUAUUUAAGUGGCAGAAGCUUACUCGAGAGGCAGAAGUCUGUGCAGAACUGGGCGUCGCCCUAGGAGACGCGAUGUCGAUUCUACCGAAUUGCACUCGUGAACAACUCCAAGCAGCAUCUCGGGCUUUGGACGAUUCCCGGUCGAUGCUAGAUACUCGUCAACCAUGCUUCAUGGGCGAGGAGGAAGGCAAGAUGAUUGUGGCCGAGAUUGAGAAGCUUGAGGCGGCGAUGCAGGGUCUGACUGCUGCAGACCUGAAGCGUCAAGCUCAUACAGCUUUGCAGGAAACCCAAGCGAGGAUACAAAAGUUUUGCGAAAUCGCAGAGCGGCUUUCAGAAGAUUUCGUAUGA